GUAUAAAGGCACGUACACACAAAGUUCUCGAGGAUCAACUCGGAGUACUGUACAUUUUUCUUUACUAAGAAUAACGUAGAAUUGUGUGAGUCUGCAAGCAUUUCAUUGGAGUCGCAAAUAUCAUCGUAUUUUGGAAAUAAAUAAAAAAUGUCUGAGUUAACGGAAGUUCAAAGUAAUAAAAUUUUCGGAGGAUGGCAAAAGGUGUAUACACACAACAGUACGGAAUUGGGAUGCAAGAUGAGAUUUGCUGUCUACAUACCAUCUCAAGCCGAAAAAGAGCCAGUACCAGUUAUCUACUGGUUAUCUGGUCUUACUUGUACCGAGGCUAAUUUUAGUGAGAAAGCUGGGGCUCAGAGACAUGCUGCAAAUUACGGCGUACUUCUUGUCAUACCUGAUACUAGCCCAAGAGGAUUAAAUAUUCCUGGAGAAGAUGACAGUUAUGAUUUUGGUACUGGAGCAGGAUUUUAUGUAGACGCAACAUGCGAACCAUGGAAAAAGAAUUACAGAAUGUAUAGCUAUAUUAUCAAAGAAUUGUCAAAUAUGAUCAAUAAAGAAUUUCCAACAUUGCCAUCUAGGCAAUCCAUAAUGGGCCAUAGUAUGGGAGGACACGGUGCUCUAAUUUGCGCUUUUAAAAAUCCUGGGCAAUUUAAGACAGUCUCGGCUUUUGCACCCAUAUGUAAUCCAAUUUUGUGCCCAUGGGGAAAGAAGGCCUUCUCAGGGUAUUUGGGAGGUUCAGAGGAUAAUGCCGAAUGGAAGGAAUGGGAUGCUACAGAGCUAGCCAAGAAAUACAAUGGCCCACCUUUGGACAUUUUAAUCGAUCAGGGUAAGGAGGAUCAAUUCCUAAAGCAAGAUCAAUUAUUACCAGAGAAUUUAUUAAAUGCUGCGAAAGAUAAUGGCAUUGCGCUUACUCUUAGAUUUCAAGAUGGUUAUGAUCACAGUUACUACUUUAUAGCUACAUUUAUUGAAGAUCACUUCAAGCAUCAUAUGAAAUAUCUUAAAAGUUAAGUCUGAGAUUAUUGAUUCAUUGUUAAAAACUUUGGGAUUUUGAUAUCGUAAUUUACAUAUAGUUUUUACAAAAUCUAUUAUGUUUUCAAUGGAAAUAUUGAAAUAAAUUUAAAAAAAUAUGCU